UGUUCAGUUCAAACGGUGCGCUAUAGGUGUUAAAGUCUCAACAAGGAGUUGACAUAGUCCGCAGAGGAUCUAACCAGUUCCCAUCUGAGAAUAGUCGUUAGAUAAGCUUCAACUGUGCUAGUUACGGAUAGUGGAAAAGUGAUAGUUCAGAGAUACAGUGCAACUAAAAAAAACCAGUGAGUGUGAAAAGUAGUUACUUUCAAAUCUAAAAUCCCAAGGAAGAUUGAAAUAAUUUCAGAUUGAAAUUUACUAACCGUUGUAGUAUUCAUUCAUACUUAAAAGAAAAUGGCAAGCGCGUCGUUUGUUCUUCCUUUGGCUCUUCUGGCUGUUUUGAUGGUUGUAGUUGCGAGUGAACAGCCUCCUGAUUCAAUAGAAAUGGCGGAAAGGAAACCAGAAGAAGCAACUGGAAAUAAAAGGGCAUCGUUCUUUGUGGGAAGUCGAUACGGCAGAUCCUACUAUGGAAACUCAAAAGCAGGACGUGUCAACGUUGCACCACGAAACGACCGAUUCUUUUUGGGCUCACGUUACGGAAAACGAAAUAAUGAAUACAUACCAGCAACAGAUGCAGAACAGCAGGAUUCGAAUUCAGUAUUAACCUCGUCGACCCAUGCUAAAUUCUUCACAAUGUCCUGUGUUCACACCGGAUUCAAGAAUUUUUUCAGAUGUAAUUCUGUGAACGACAUCGACAACUACAUUCAACGCUUGACGAACGACGACCAGUAAAGAUGCUCCAAGCUCCCGAACAACCGCAUGCCCAACAUCCUAAACUUUUUAUAAUAGAUUUCAAAGGAAUACUUCCCGAUUGUUCUUGGUUACGGCAAUAGCAAUACCAAAUCAGCAAAUCACAAAGCUUCAAGGAUUCAUGACUUAUAUAUACUAUCAUUAACGACAUAUUACAUACUUAACAGAUACAUCCAUUCUAAAACUGCUCAUCAAACUUAUAGAUAAAUGUGAAUGAUUAUAAGGACUGGGGCUAUGUGGGCUGGGCAUGGCCUCAGUCCUGCUGCAAUAUGUAAGUGUAAUUAGGCAUCUUCCCAAUAGAUUUUUCCCGUUUUCAUCCCUAAUUUGUAUUUCCACUGCAAAAGUAUUUUAGUUUUUGAACCUUAGGAGGAACAGUCAAUUGUUCAAGUAAUUUUUGUUUUAUGACUUCGAUAAAGAUACAAUAACUGUUCUUAUGUCUUCAAAGUAUAUUCUAAAGAUUGAAAACAUGUUAAGAUGCAUUGUUGAUUUUAAAAUAUUAAAUUGUCUUAUUUAGUUUACUUUGGUAUACAAUAAGACAAAUAUAUAUUGUAUGUGUUGUAAAUUUCCAAUAUUUACUUAGAAUAAGUGAAAAUAUAAUUUACAAAUAUAAUGUGCAAUGUACUUAUUUAAUAAAUAAAAUUAUGAAAUUCAA